AUGAACAAAUUUUGUUGCAUUGUCCCAUUCUUCUUGGUUGUCACCUCAUACCUAAUCACCCCUUCACUAAGUGAUCAAACACAAGAUUUCAUAAGCCAAAUUUGUCGUACGGUCUCGGAUCCCGGUUUUUGUUUCGAUCAACUCAACAAGAAUCUUCCGUCACCGCAGACGGAUCUUCCCGGUCUCACAAGACUCACCACUGGCCUGGCCCUAGCAUUCGCAAGGGACACGGAAACGUUCUUUCAGAGAGUUAAAGAACACGAAGAGAACGCGGGCUUGAAGAAACUCUACGAGUUCUGCGAAAGUAAAUACCACAGUGUAGUGGGGUUUAUGCAAGGCGCGAAUUACGAUGCCGACAGGGCGGAUUUCGUAUCAAUGGUGAAUCUUCUGCAGUUGUGUGGUCCGCCGGUUAUUGAGUGCCAAACUGCACUAGGUGAUAUUAUUUACGCGGUGCGUUCGAAGAACGCGCAUAUGAGGACUUUCAUCUCCAUGGGAUUGAAAGAAGGAACUCUUCUGUAG